AUGCAGUUCAUCCGGCCCCGGAAAUUUGAAUUCAUUGAGAGUAGCCAGGGCCCCAUAUCCUUUGAGGAGGUGGCUGUGUAUUUCACGGAGGAGGAGUGGGCUCUCCUGGAUCAUGAUCAGAGAGCUCUUUACAGGGAAGUGAUGCUGGAGAACAAUGAGAUUGUGGCCUUUCUGGGAUCUUGGUUCUGCAAACCUGACCUCAUUUCUAGGUUGGAAGAAGUGAAGGAGAUGUUUGCCCAAUAUUCUGAGGACAUGAGCUCAACAGAAGACUCAAUUGUGAGAAUGAUGAAGGUGGAGAGGUUUUCUCAGGAAGGGCUGGCUUCCAAAGACACACUGGACUGUUCCUUAGAACGAUAUCUGGAGACCCCGACAGAGCUGACUGAGAGAGAAGAAAGAAAACCAAGUGGAUUCUUCCUGGGAAACAAAGAGGAUUUGGCAGCUGAAGAAAAAAAAGCUGGGAAUCCAGAAAGACCAAAGAGUAUGCAGAGAAGGAAGAAUGAAGGAAGCAGUCAGAGCGGAAAACUUACUUUUCACCAAAGGAUUCACACUAGGGAAAAACCAUACACAUGCUUGGAGUGUGGAAAGAGCUUCCGUAGGAAUGACAAGCUAGCUUGUCAUCAACGGUUACACACAGGGGAGAAACCAUAUAAAUGCUUGGAGUGUGGAAAGAGCUUCACUGCAAGAAGCAAUCUUACUAGUCACCAAAUGAUUCAUAUGGAGGAGAAACCGUACGAAUGCCUGGAGUGUGGGAAGAGUUUCUGUCAUAAAUGUGACCUUACUUCUCACCAAAGAAGUCACACUGGGGAGAAACCAUAUAACUGUUUGGACUGUGGAAAAAGUUUCAGUCACAGAUCAAGCCUUAGUCGGCACCACAGAAUGCAUACAGGGGAGAAACCGUAUGAAUGCCUGGAGUGUGGAAAGAGUUUCCGUAACAGAAAAAGCCUUACUUAUCACCAAAGAAGUCACACAGGGGAGAAACCAUGUAACUGUUUGGACUGUGGAAAGAGUUUCAGUCACAGAUCAAGCCUUAGUCAAUACGACAGAAUGUAUACAGGACAGAAACCAUAUAACUGUUUGGACUGUGGAAAGAGUUUCAGUCGAAGUUCAACCCUUAGUCAGCACCACAGAACGCAUACAGGGGAGAAACCAUAUAACUGUUUGGACUGUGGAAAGAGUUUCAGUCAAAGUUCAACCCUUCGUCAGCACCACAGAACGCAUACAGGGGAGAAACCAUAUAACUGUUUGGACUGUGGAAAGAGUUUCAGUCAAAGUUCAAGUCUUAGUCAUCACCAAAGACGUCACACAGGAGAGAAACCAUAUAACUGUUUGGACUGUGGAAAGAGUUUCAGUCGACGAUCAAGCCUUAGUCGGCACCACAGAACGCAUACAGGGGAGAAACUAUAUAAGUGCAUGGAAUGUGGAAAGAGCUUCAGUACAGGCCGAACCCUCAGUUCGCAUCAAAGGGUUCACGCUGGGGAUAAACCAUCUGCACAUUGCAGUAGACAACUUGGGCCACCGGACUGGGCCAGCCCACUCCCUGAGGAGAAGAGAUUCCUGACCAAACCCGUGAUCAAAGACGAGCAAGUGCUGCUGUUGAGCAUGAGUGGAGGAGGCCAGAAAGAAUGGCAGAAGUGA